AUGAUUAACCCUAUUUAUGCCUCGAUCCAGUUCGCAUCCCGAUCUGUUAGAGAGACCUACUCACCGAAGGAGAUUCUCUUUUGGUGCGAAAGGCUUUGGAAUGAUGGGGAAAGCGCUAGAAAAAGCGCAAGAGAGGAUGAAGAGUACAUGUACAAAUGGAGCAUGGUUUCUUUGAUGGGGAAGUAUAACUUGACGAAUGGAGAGAAUUUCGCCUGCGUGGGGAAUUAUCAAGCAGCUUGUAACAGACUCGCCGAGCUGAAGACAAAACUCGAUAAAAGAUGCAAAGAGCAAUUCGAAAACUUGAGAAACCAAAGUGCGUCCAAGUUCAGCGUCUUGCCCGAGAUCCCAAAGACUCCAAGAUCAGCAAAACAAGAGAGCGUCCCCGAAGUGUGUGAGAGGAAGGACUGCAGCGAUGUGAGAAAGCUGGUUAUCAGUACUCAGACGUACUAUACAACUGAAUUCGCGAAAAUGAAGAAGGAAUAUGAUGAGAGGCUCAAAGAGCAAAGUGAUGCUCUGUUGCUUCUUUCCGAAAGCUGUAAUAACUGCAAAAAGGGAGUCACCUUUUCUGACUCGACGAACGAAAGGUACAAGAAAACGCAAGAAAAGGUUGAAGAGCCAUCAGAGGUCAAUUUGAGUCAAAUUGAGUACAUACGAGAGGAAACAUUAAUUGGCGAUGAUCAAAACUUGAAAGAGCCGAAAAAUCUGAAGACCCCUCUUGAGCACAAUCUCUGGCGGGAGCUCAGUAAUCAAAGAAAUUUGAACCAUCGCAUGCAGGAGCGACUCAGUGAGCUUGAGAAAUACCAACCUCCUACAGUUGAUAUCAGCUCGAAAGAGAAGGAUGAAGAAAUAGCCGCUCUUCAAGCGAUGAUAGAGUCUAACAAGGAUCAGUAUUCAAAAGACAUCUUCGAACUCCAACAACAAAUUCGGAAUCUAAAGAAAUCAUUGAACAGUUCUGUAGACCCACGACGACAACACCAAGGUCCAAUAACGAAAGAUCACCCGUUCCCGUUAAGGGAUCACGUAAACUAUGGCACAAAUGUAAAAACAACGGAAGAACUCGAAAAUUUCAAGAAAAAGCAUGCUGAGAAAAUGUCAGAAAAAGAUGAGAUCAUUUGGAACCUCCGGUUUGAGAUUGAGGUUCUCAAAAAAGAACACUCGGCGGUUUACUCAAUUCAUAGACGCAAGGACAAGUCUAAUUCUGAAGUCAUAGAUGAGCUACAAGCGACCAUUGAGUGCUUGGGUGCCCAAAUCGCCAAUAGUGAAGCUACGAUAGAGUAUCUUAUUCAAGAAGCUGGUUCUGGAGUUGAUCUAAAUGAGCUCGAAAAGAUAAAAAAUGAGUAUGGCAAGCUAAAGGACAAGUGGGAAGAUACAGAGGCUAAAUACGAGGAGCUAGAAGCUCGUCUUCAAUGUCGUAUAUGUUUGGGAGAUUAUGAUGAUGAAGGACACCAUACUGUUAAAAUAAAAUGUGGUCACGUAUUUGGAAGAUCAUGCCUCGAGAAAGCCUUUACGAGAACUGGAGUUGCACCCGUGUGUCCAAUCUGCAACAAACCUUCAAACAGACGUCAAAUGAUUCGCAUCUAUUUAGCUUGA